AGAUUCACUGGACAUAUUCGUAGACAAGACAAACACAUGUAUCAAAAUCAGCCUUAACAUGGAAAGCAAAAUCAAGGCUGCCCACGUAUAACAUGACUGCCUUAGAAUUUAAAUAUGUGGGCACCAGCAUGGAGGAGGAAGUUGCAUAUGACCUAUCUUUGUGGAGAGCUUAUGGCCUAUGCACUGAAUGAUGUGGGAGGACCCUAAAGUCCUAAACCUAUAUUUGAACAGGAUUAUCCUUAUAGAGAUGCCAGUUGCAAGAAUGGCAGGUGAUACUUUAUUAUAUAACAUAUAAGUUCUAGAGUCUCCAAUAUGGACAUUUCACAGAACGAAGUGCAGACCUCAAGCUCAGAGCACCUUAAUGAAGUCAGCGCUAUUCCUACCGACUGUCACCUGGGUAGCCAAGUGCUGACAUUGGUUAGCAGCAAUGGAAAUCAGUUUGUAGUCAUGUCAUCAGAUUCAGAUUCUCUGAGCCUUGCAGAUGCGGGACUUAUUCAGCAGGGAGGAGAAUCUGUUCUCAACCUAGAUGAGUCGACCAGGUAUCUCUUCCAGAACCAUGCCAUGACCAACGCCGUUAUGCUUCAAGAUGGCACCUAUCAGAUUCUUGACCAGCCGUUGGUUCAGGUGGAAAGAGAAGAUGGUACAAUUGAGACUCAGACACUCCACAUUGAAGUACUUCGGGCUCUACAGGAGAACCUGGCCCAGCAGAUGCCAGUCAUAGACUCAAACUACACCCUAGAAGGGAUGGACAGCUUAGACGAGGCAUCUUCUUCCUCUAUUAUAAAGGUGGAACCUCCUUUGAACCCAAACCUGGAGGAAUCUGUGACCGAAGACUCUGUGGACCAGACAGAUCUGCUGCCAAAAGAACAUCAAUUCAGCGAGCAGGAUGAUGAGUCGAUGAAGGAAGCAAGAGAAACAACCCAGUCUGACAGCAGUGUAGAAACCAAAAGAAAGAAACGACAGCCAAAGGAGCCCAAGAAAGUGAUCAUCAAAAAAGACCCAGAAACCAAGGAGCCAGAUUUAAACAGCCCCAUUCCUCUCUCAGAUCAGACCAUUAUCACAGUGAAAGGGAAGAAAUGUGUUUUAGCUUUCAACCAAGAAACCCAACAAGUUUGUGCAUACCCACUUAAGCCAGCCCCAGGUACUAAACGAAGAGGUCGGCCCAGACUGACAGAAGAGGAAAAAGCAGAAAGAAAGAAAAAUAUUUCAGUGAAAAUUGAGACCAUUGCUGAUCAACCAGCUUCGCAGACGGAGAAAAGUAAUGCAGCAGAGACGCUCUUAGAGUUGUCAAAUAUAGGAAAAGAUGGAGUGAGAAGAAGUGCCAGGAAAAGAAAAAAAGCCAAAUUGUUUGAUGAAUAUGAAGAACUUGAAGACUCUGAUGAAGACAAGGAACCCACUUUUGUCGACAGUCAAGAGAAAGAUCCAGACAUAAAAAUCGAACUCGCUGAAGCCAAGAAAAAGAAACUUGUUGUACCUAAAGAAGAAAUUCCUCUACUGUCAUCUUCUGCCAUCAUACUUGAUAACUCAGUUCAGCCUCCCAAAAAGCGUGGCAGAGGGCGGCCAAGACGGUACCCCAACCCUGGCCAGCAGCAGAGUCACACAUCCAUACCUGCGGUUAUGAUACCAUCAGCCAAUGGACAGACAUUAGUUAUGGCUCCUUUGCAGGGUCUACAAAACCUUCAGAAUUUUAGGCGACAGCUUCCAAAUUUGGUUCCCAAACCUAUCACUGACUCCAAUGGUCAGGUGACUACAGAAGUGUCUGACGUGGGGACGUUGCCUCUUUCAUCUGACACUGACACAAUGCCUCUAGACACUUCAGGUGCCCUGGACAGUAACAGUAUAAUACCUAAAGCUUUACAAGGAGACUCUGUACCUCUUGUUGGGGAAAAUGAAACGUCUGAUCAAGGAGAAACCUUGGACCAACAAACUACAGGGCUGUUGACCUUUAUGACCCCUACCAAUACUGUUGGAGACAACCAGAAAGAUGAUUCCACGUCUGAUAGCUCCCUUCCUUCUAGUCAAACUACAGUCAUUAGGAUUCCUAACAACCUGCUAGCAUCUUUGGGAUUCAAGAAAGACCCUGUGAAAAUCGGUUUGAAGGCCACAGAAAGAGAACUGGAAAAGUUAAAGUGUCCCAAGUGUGAUUUCCAGGGGUAUUACAUGCAGCAGUACCGCAACCACAUUGCAACUCAUGGUGACGAUAUCCAGAAAUGUAAAUGCUGCAGUUAUCUGUCCUUGGACAGUGAUGACCUGUUAGAACAUUUCAAAGAACAACAUCCGCGGUGUAUCUGUCUAGAGUGUGACUACAUGGCAGAGCAUGCGUACAUCAUCAAGCGUCACAUGAUGCGUCAUGACACCAAGAGCUGCACAUGUAGCACCUGUGGGAAGGUUUACAAGGAUAUGUAUAUAUUAAAAAUGCACAUCAAGAUGGUGCACAUGCCUGCGGAGGUUUUAUUUGAAUGUGACGUGUGUUGGAAGAAGUUCACCAGGAAGGCUCAUCUCAAACGUCACUUGCGGAUCCAUGACCCAGAGAAGCCCUACAAGUGCUCAGUCUGUGAUUAUAGGGGCUGUGAGAGGUCAGACAUAUCCAAGCAUAUGUUGAUACACCAAGAUCCAAAGCAUGCCUGCGAGCGCUGUGGUAAAACAUUUAGGCAUAUAAAAAACAAAGAGCUUCAUGUUAAAAGACAUUUUGGUCAAAGAGACUACAAGUGUGGGGUGUGUGACUUCUUUGGCUACACGUUCACAGACAUCCGUAAGCACAUAGAGAGAAAGCAUCAGGACAUCAAAACAUUGAUCUGUGAUAAGUGCAAUAAGCAGUUUAAAAGUGAAGCUGCUCUUAAGGAACAUCAGCCAUCCUGUAACAGCGUGAUGAUGAUAGAGCAAGUCCUGGCCAUUCCAACAUCUGCCGGCGGAACAAGUCAGGCCACCAUACAGAUUCCGUCCAACAUACGUCAGGACGGCACUGUGAUGAUAGAUGGCCAGGCCAUCAAUCUGAAUGGCCACACAAUAACUGUCAAAAAGAAUAGAGUUCUCAUGGUAGCAGGAGAACAACGCCUCGUCAUGGCUGAGCGAACAACAGAAGAGGAUGAAGACGAGAUUGACGAUGUGGAGUCUGGGAUCAACCAGGCCAUGCAGAUCAUCGGCGAAACGAUCAUGACAGAGUCCGGAGAGGAAAUGCACAUCAUAUCCCAGGAGUCUCUGAAUGACCCCACUCUGCAGAACAGCCUCAGGCAAGCUCACCUCAUAGACCAGAAUGGUCAGUUGUUUCGAGCCGAGGACCUGCACAGCAUUGUCAGUCAAAAUGGGCAUAUUUUUUACAAAACGGAACAGGAUGGCAUUGACCAAAGCGUAGACAUGAUUGAGGAGCCCAAACAGUCGAUUGACCGGCAAAGUCAGCACUCGGAGCUGGACGAUGAGAUGGGGCACCAGUUUAUGGGUCAGGCAGGACAGCCGGGACAGGAACUUGAGCCCCCCUCGGAAGAAACAUUAGAAGAGAAUCUAAAAGAAUUUCAUGAAGUGAUGAAACAGGAAUCAUCUGAGAAUUACAGUCAGGACGGCACAGAAGCUUUAGAUCAUGACUCGGCGGAUACGCAUUCUUAGCAAAACGUAUUUUCCCUUGUCCCGUCACAUUGGAGCUUUACUCUCAUCUCUCAGGAGUUUAACUUUUGUACACAUCAUGUGUAUGCCUUCAUUUUUACAUGUGCGUGUGAACGAGUGUAUUUAUUUUGACAUUUAAUUUAUUGCAAAUUUGAAUCCAGUUUUUUUUUUUAGAAAACUUUCUAACUAUUGACAUUUACGUCCAUGUUGCCAUUGGAAUAUGCAAUGCAUUAUUUACAAUAUUUGUAAUUGUCAUUGGAUUUACUUCACCAACUGCCUGGUCGUGCGGUUUGCACGCUGGACUGUCGUUCGGAUUUAUCGACGGUCGAGGGCUCAAACCCUGCCCGCUAUCAUCCCCCCGUCGUCCUGCGGGAGGUUUGGACUAGGAAGUAAACUAUCUUCAACUCUGAAGGAACAUCCGAAACAUGUAAAACAAACAAAUUAGUGCACGCUUUUAUUGACAUUGAUAGGACUUGAUAUCUUCAUCAUGGUUAAAAAGGAUAUCAUUGGUGUUCUGUCUGUAAAUAGUAGAUUUAUCAGGCCCUGACAAAGCAUUGCUCUGGGGUCUAUCAUUUAAGAAUGACUAUUUUCAAUAAAAUAACUGGAUAGGUGUUUUGCCCCCCCCCCCUCACUAAAUGUGCCUGGUGCAUUUAAACACACUAUCGGGGAGUAUAAAAAUACAGAGAAAAACCCAAAUAUCCAUUACAUAUAUCAUUUCACUCUCAACUCUCUGAAAAGAACAAAUCUGGAGCUUAUGUUUCUAAGUUUAUAUCUGUUCUGUGUUCAUGUGUACAUUUGAUCAGUACUGGACUAUCUGGUUGAUGUUAGCUGAAUGUGAUUCUCUCUGACCUAAUGGAGGAGAAACAUUUGGAGAAAAAGGAUUUGAAAAAUGAUAAAAAUAAAUCUUGGAAAUCCUAAUUGUUGGAGAGCCUAAAUAUCUUCACUGCCACGUCUGAAUAAAUAACUGAAUGAAAUGAAGUCUUUUGACAUUGAGUUUAUCUUCUCUGAUUUUCUGUUUUCUUGAUUUAAAAAAAAAAAAAUGUAAUGGCUGCUUUCUUAAAUUAAACAAAAAUUUGUAGUUGUAAUGUAAAUGCCUUGAUGGUUUUAAAAACAGCCAUUGUUGGUCAUGUUGCUAAGCAUUAGGUAACAUAAUUAGAAAUCAUUGUUGGAAUAUUGUUCAUGUCUCUCUGUAUUUGAGAUCAUUCUUUUGAUUUCACAUAAUGUCUGUAUUAUAUGAGUUUAAGUUAUUGGUUAACAUGCAUGACAAGAUGCAUGACAAAUAAGACGUAAUCAUCUUCUUUUUUUGAAGUAACGUCUGUAUUAUAUAAGAUAAGCUUAGGAUAUUUCCUAGCAUUUGAACAUCACCCCAAAAUAAGAUAAAAGAAUGAUAAUCUGCUAUAACUCCAGUGAUUAGAACUUUCUGUGAGACGAGCUCUUGACCAAGGUAAUCUUUUAGGGUAGUGUACAGAGAAGGUGCUGGAACAUUGUGCUGGACAACUUCCUAACUGUAGACCCAGCUUCCCUCUUCAUAUGUUUCUGAUGGGCAUGUCCUGGGUUGUGAUACUUAAGGUAGCUGGACUCUCGACCAAGAUUUUCAUUGUAUAGAAUUGAUUGUGGAUGUUUAAUUUUCUGUUUACAUUUGUUGUGUAACUGGGCUCAUCAAAUUGCAACUUAAUAUUUCCAAUGUAAAUAAAAAGGAAACAAAAAAUAUUGCAAUAAUUUUUUAAUUUAAUUGAAAA